GCGCCGGGGGCGGGGCGGCGCGCGCCCGAGCGGCUGCGGCAGUUGCGCGCUGGGAUCGCUGCCGUGCGGCUGGGCCGAAUUCAGCACACAAAUAAAAUGACAACUUCUUGGAGUGAUCGGUUACAGAAUGCAGCUGAUAUGCCUGCUAACAUGGAUAAGCAUGCUCUAAAAAAGUAUCGACGAGAAGCCUAUCAUCGGGUGUUUGUGAACCGAAGUUUAGCCAUGGAAAAAAUAAAAUGUUUUGGUUUUGAUAUGGACUACACCCUUGCUGUUUACAAGUCCCCGGAGUAUGAAUCCCUUGGCUUUGAGCUUACUGUGGAGAGACUAGUUUCUAUUGGCUAUCCCCAAGAGCUGCUCAGCUUUGCUUAUGAUUCUACAUUCCCAACCAGAGGUCUUGUCUUUGACACACUAUAUGGAAAUCUUUUGAAAGUUGAUGCCUAUGGAAACCUCUUGGUUUGUGCACAUGGAUUUAACUUCAUAAGAGGGCCAGAAACUAGAGAGCAGUAUCCAAAUAAAUUUAUCCAACGAGAUGACACUGAACGAUUUUAUAUUCUGAACACAUUAUUCAAUCUACCAGAAACCUACCUGUUGGCCUGCCUAGUAGAUUUUUUUACUAAUUGUCCCAGAUAUACGAGCUGUGAGACAGGAUUUAAAGAUGGGGACCUCUUCAUGUCCUACCGGAGUAUGUUCCAGGAUGUGAGAGAUGCUGUUGACUGGGUUCAUUACAAGGGCUCCCUUAAGGAAAAGACAGUUGAAAAUCUUGAGAAGUAUGUAGUCAAAGAUGGAAAACUGCCUUUGCUUCUGAGCCGGAUGAAUGAAGUAGGAAAAGUGUUUCUUGCCACCAACAGUGACUAUAAGUAUACAGAUAAAAUUAUGACUUACCUGUUUGACUUCCCACAUGGACCCAAGCCUGGGAGCUCCCAUCGACCAUGGCAGUCUUACUUUGACCUGAUCUUGGUGGAUGCACGGAAACCACUCUUUUUUGGGGAAGGCACAGUACUACGUCAAGUGGAUACUAAAACUGGCAAGCUGAAAAUUGGUACCUAUACAGGCCCCCUACAGCAUGGCAUUGUCUAUUCAGGAGGCUCAUCUGAUACAAUCUGUGAUCUGCUGGGUGCCAAAGGCAAAGACAUUUUGUAUAUUGGAGAUCAUAUUUUUGGAGACAUUCUAAAAUCAAAGAAACGGCAAGGGUGGCGAACUUUUUUGGUGAUUCCUGAACUUGCACAGGAGCUGCAUGUUUGGACUGACAAGAGUUCACUUUUUGAAGAACUUCAGAGCUUGGAUAUUUUCUUGGCUGAACUCUACAAGCACCUUGACAGCAGUAGCAAUGAACGCCCAGAUAUUAGUUCCAUCCAGAGACGAAUUAAGAAAGUAACUCAUGAUAUGGACAUGUGCUAUGGGAUGAUGGGAAGCCUGUUUCGCAGUGGUUCCCGGCAGACACUCUUUGCCAGUCAAGUGAUGCGUUAUGCUGAUCUCUAUGCAGCAUCAUUCAUCAACCUGCUGUAUUACCCAUUCAGCUACCUCUUCAGAGCUGCCCAUGUCCUUAUGCCUCAUGAAUCAACAGUGGAGCACACACAUGUGGAUAUCAAUGAGAUGGAGUCCCCCCUUGCCACUCGAAACCGUACAUCAGUGGAUUUCAAAGAUACCGACUAUAAGCGGCACCAGUUGACAAGGUCAAUUAGUGAGAUUAAGCCCCCCAAUCUCUUCCCACUGGCUCCCCAGGAAAUUACACACUGCCAUGAUGAAGAUGACGAUGAAGAGGAAGAGGAGGAAGAAUAAGGAGGAAAACAAAACCCUGAACACCCCUUGAACAAGUUCUGGCAGGACUCAUAGGAACAAAGGAUAUCUUUGUUUGGGUUCUGCUGGGGAGGGUGGGGGAAUCCAUGAAAGGUAUGUCUGGAAAGUUUCUGAAGACUUAAAAAUAUUCUAAUCAUAGAGCAAUAUUUGUUUUAGUUCUGUGUAUCUGUAUUCUUGGCAGAGGGUUUGAAAUUGUAACAUAAUCUGUAUUAGAAGAAAGGGUAAAGUCAGGCUGAACUGCAUGCAGUUGGCUCCAUAGUGGCUUGUGGCACUGUUUCCUUGUCUUUUUCAUCUUCAGUAUGUCAUGGUGUAUCUGUAUAUACACUAAGGGUGGUGAAAAGUUUCACAGUGGAACAAGGAUGGUGGAAGAGGUAAUCCAAAAAGGUCAUGUGUUACAAAUUGUGCUACUCCCAAAUCCAGCCUUUUCAGUGCAUUAUUAUUCAGUAUUGUAUAUCAGUGGAGAAAUAUAUUGUUUUCAUUAUCAAGUGUAAUUUCUGUCAAGGUGAAGAUUGCUUUCAUAAGCCUUUGAGUGUGCUCUAGCAAGGCUGCUGCUCUGUCUGUGCCUUUGCAGAAUUAUUCUCUGCUCUAGGGCCACUCUGGAAUGGAAUGGAAUGGAAUUCCGCUCGGCAAUGGAAUAGGAUUCUAUUUUGAGACAAAAGUCCUCUUCCUUUCUGCAUUUUUAAAGUUAACAUAAAUGCUUUUUAUGUAAGUCUUUCUCCUCUGUCCUAAGUCAAUAAAGGAUUGUAGCUGGAAGAGGACAAUGGAGGAAACCUGGACAAAAGAAAAGGAGCAGCUUCCUUCUUCACAUCUAAUUCCUUAGUCUGGGCUAUCAUUAUGGUUUUACUGCGAACUUCUGUAUUUCUUUGUCCUUCACGGUUGAUUGCUGUGUUUUAAAGUUGAAAUUAGAGGAUAAGAAGAGAGCUUUGUAAGCUAGAACUUUACUAGAGCAAAAAGCAGUCAGUAAAAAUAAGUUCCCUUUUGAACCCAUGGUGAAAUUCUUGCUUUGGACAAGAAUGAACUAUUAAUGUACACAUUAAGGCAAUACAACUGCCUUUCCAGUAUAAGAAAGUUAUUCCAGCAAUUUAAACAAUGGUAUAGAUUCUUACUUUAAUCUUCAUAUAUUUUCUUCCAUUCCUAUUGUCACUGGUCAGUAAGGGAGGAAGAAGCUUCUCUAGUAUUCAGUAAAAUAUAGUAUUUUGACUUCCACCCCAUGUGUAGCACAAGUACUAGCCAUUGGUCUUCGAGUGGGUUGAAGUGUGACUUAGUAAUCACAGUUUGACAUUGUUUUCUUAAGAGAAAUACACAUUUUCCAAAAUGCUGAACAUCUCCAGAACUCUUUUGGUUUAAAAGAAAUAAUCAAGACUUUAUAUAAUCUGACAUGAUUAUAUGUAAUGGUUCAUAGGCCUUAGAAUUUUUAAUAGUUUUUAGUAUAUGGCUAUGAGGUGAGGCUUUAAAAAAAGUCAUUUUAUAGAUAGGGAACACAGCCUCAUGACUUUGAGUUUAUGUGGCUUUAGUUAAUGUCAGGACGAGGAAUAUACAUCUGGAUAAGUCUCUAUGGGGAGUCUAUGCUCCAGAAGAGUCAGGUUGUUAAUGCUAUUGCAAAUAUCAGAUAUAAUUACUAUUUUAAAAUUUCACAUAGUAUUUACAGUCACCUCAGCUCCUAAUUCUCAUUCAGAUGAUGCUUAGUAUGACAUAGUCUUAAGUUUCUUCAAGCCCAAAUCUCUUACAUGGCUUACUACAGCUACAGAGCUACCUUAUUAUUGUAGUACUUGUACAUAUUUUCCCAUUUAGAGCAAAGACUGACAUGUUUUAUUUUCUACACUUUUUAUAUUGCUCCUGAGAGUUUAUUAACCAGGUAAUUGUGGUUCUAGAGACUGAGAGAUAAAAGCACAUAAUUGAAAGGCAGCUAUGCCCACCACUGUACCAGCAAUGCCACACACACAGCACACAAGUGGAAUAAGAAUUCCACUGCUUGUCAAAGCUUUCAUGGGAUUACCAAGCAUAUUAUUAAAGAGCUAGGGUUCUGUAAGAAAUAUUAGACCCAGAGCAGCAUGGCGCUUCUCUUGUCAAAAGUAUGUCCAAGAGCAGGCAACUGAGAGUGUCUGCAAUUGGGUUUUUUAAAAGGUAAAUUGUGAAUUUCCUCUGUUUCCAGUAGUUAAAGGAAUUAAAAUAAAUACUUUUCCAUUUUUUUUAACCUGAAGAAUUUAGACCACAAGAAGACAUCUCUUCUAAGAAUACUUUCUGGGUAUUAAGACAAUUCAGUUACAUAACUCAAAAAAACACCAGUCACCUCUUUCUUGAGUGAUGGACCGAACAACUUUGGGGCACCAAACAGCUGGCCAGAGGCAUAGCUGAUCUAUACCCAGGCCUUGUUGUGGGUUCCACUGUAAGAAUAGUUGCCCAUUACACCCACCUGAGCAGAAAUAAUCAGCUAAAGCUUUGAUGGUAUAUUUCUUAAUUUUUUUUAAGCCAUAGAACUAUCAUGUAUAAAGACCUAAGAUUUGUUUCUACCAUACUGGCAUAGCUCUGCUGAGAUCUAAAAUGAUCAAGUCCUUCAAGCUUGCUAAAGGUGCUUUUAGAAAUGGUUUUAAGAGAAUUACA